AUGGCUGGUCCCAGCGCCCCCAGCUACGUCCGGGAAUUCACCCGCCACUCCAGCGACGUCCUCACGAACCUGAACGAGCUGCGGAAGCGAAGGAUGCUGACGGAUGUCACCUUGAGGGUGGGGGGCUGCCCCUUGCAAGCCCAUAAGGCUGUGCUGACCGCUUGCAGCGGCUUCUUUUACUCGGUUUUCCUGGGCCACGGAGGCCACGAGGUCAGCGUGCUGACCCUCCCCAGCUCCAUCGAGCCGGUGGGCUUCCAGGCCCUCCUGGAUUUCAUGUACACCUCCCGCCUCCUCCUCAGCCCGGGCACGGCGCCCGCGGUGCUGGUCGCCGCCUCUUAUUUGCAGAUGGAACAUGUAGUCCAAAGCUGCCACCGAUUCCUCCAGGCCAGUUACGACCGGCUGACCUUCCUGGUGCCCCCCCCGGACUGCCAGGCGCUGCCCGAAAUGUCCCAGCCGCCGAAGGACGAACCGUCCCUGCAACGAGGCGCCAUCGUGGUCCCCUUUCUCCGAGGGGCCACCACCGAAGGGCCCCCGCAACCCGCAUCCUUUCACCCCCCAGGAAAGGAUUCCGCAGCGGUGGCGCAUCUCCGAGCCCACGUCUUGAUCCACACCGGGGAGAAGCCCUACCCGUGUGGCACCUGCGGCACCCGCUUCCGACACCUGCAGACCCUCAAAAGUCACCUCCGUAUCCACACCGGGGAGAAACCGUAUCAUUGCGAGCAAUGCCGUCUGUGCUUCCGCCACAAGAGCCAGCUGCGCCUCCACCUGCGGCAGAAACACGGCGCCGUCACCAACACCAAGAUCCGCUACCAGGUGCUGGACGGAUCGUACGCCACCGUCUGCUAAGCCGGGAGUCCCCGUCGUCACAAACCACCUUUGCCGGUUUCCGGGCCAGGAAGAGAUCCAAUGCUCCGUGUUUCGUGAACGGAGAACAUUUCUUUUCGAACCCUCCCUUUCCCACUUUCCCCCUUUGCGAUGCAAGGAGUCCUCGACUUAUGACGGUUUGUUUACCACCUGAAGUUAAAAAGGCCCUAAAACGUGACUUGGGAUCGCUUCUCGCACUUACACCCAUGUCAAAAUUCAGAUGCUUGGCCACUGACUUGUAUUUAUGACGGUCACAACGUUCCGGGAUUCCCCUUUGGUGACUUUCUGACCCAGCCAAGUCAACUGAGGAAUCUGGAUUCGCUUAAGGACUGGCUGAUUCACUUAACAGCCGCCACGAUUUGCUUAAUGGCCACGAGGAAGGAGAAGGUCACCCAAUUGGGCGCGAUUCACUUAACGGCCAGAGGGAUGGGCUUAACCGUCGCGAGAGACAGCAGAUGGCAAAAAUCGGGACCUCAAAUUCUGGCUCCCAAUUGGGGUCG